AUGCCGGCCGUUGCCGCGCCCGAGACGAUGAACAGCCCCACCGCGUUGCCGAGCGAGCUGAACGCCGUGUGGCGCGGGCCGACCGCGACCGAGUUGGUCAGCGCCAGCAGCACGCCCGGGCCGGGCGAGAACGUGGCGAGCAGCGCAACGCCGCAGAACAGCAGCCAGGUCGAGAAGGGCAUGGGAUCGUCGGGGUCGGGUGGGCAGGGCUGGGGAAGUCUAGGCCGAGGGCUUCAACCCCAUGUCGAAAUCGGGCAUCCUCGUUCGUCAUGGUCGAGACGGUGCGCCGCCGUCUUCACCGCAACCAGGACGCCCGUCAUGACCCUGAAGAUCAUCGACCGCCCCGCCGCCGUCAUCGUCGUGGGCCUGCAGAUCCGCGCGACGCCGAUGUCGCCCGACAUCCCGGCGCUGUGGCCGCGCUUCAUCGACCGCGUCGCCGAGAUCGGCCAUCCGCUGGAGGAGCGCGUGACCUACGGCGUCAUGCAGGCCGUGGCGGACGGCGGCGACCGCUUCGACUACCUGGCCGGCAUCGCCGUCACGACGGCGGACACGCUGCCCGACGGCAUGGCCCGCGUCGUGCUGCCGGCGGGGCUGUACGCCGUGUUCAGCUACCCGCUGUCGGGCCUGGCGGCGGGCUUUGGCGAAAUCUACGAGCGGUUGCUGCCCGGGUCUGGCUGGGUGCAGCGGCCGGGGCCGUAUUUCGAGCGCUAUGGGCCUGACUUCUGCCCGGACGAUCCGGCGUCGCUCGUGGAGAUCUACCUGCCGGUCUCGAAGUGA